GCUGUGGUUCCGGCGGAAGCGGGGCUCCUCUUCCGGGUCGUCGGGGAAGCUCUGCUCUCAGUGGUGAGGAGGCUAGCGAGGUUAGGCGCUGAUGAGCCGCAGUUUUCAGGAAACCAGUUUAUAAGGUAUGGAUAAAAACCCCAAUUCAGAAGCUAUAGAUGAGAUCUCAGAAUCCAUUCCAGGAACCAUAGAUGGCAUCUCAGAACCAUGCUUCAGUUUUGGAGUUAUAUCAGAUAUUCAAUAUGCUGAUUUAGAAGAUGGCUAUAAUUUCCUAAGAACCAAAAUGAGAUACUACCGAUACAGUCUUCGUCAUCUCCAAGGGGCUAUCGAAGAGUGGAAUGAAGAAAGCAAUCACCUCUUUUUUGUGUUACAACUUGGUGACAUCAUUGAUGGGUUUAAUGCACAGUACAAAGCAUCAGAAGAGUCACUAAAAAAUGUCCUGAAGGAAUUUAAAAAACUCAGAGCCCCUGUUCAUCAUACAUGGGGAAAUCAUGAAUUCUACAACUUCAGCAGGCACUAUUUAAGAAACUCUAAGCUCAACACAAAGUUUUUAGGAGACCAGAUUGCACACUGUCCUGAGACCAUACCUUCAGAAAACUAUUAUGCUUACCACUUUGUACCUUUCCCUAAAUUUCGGUUCAUUUUACUUGAUGCUUAUGAUCUAAGUGUUCUUGGAAUAGAUCAAUCUUCUCCAAAAUAUCAAGAUUGUAUGAAGAUGCUGAAGGAGAAGAAUCCAAAUAAGGAACUGAAUAGCCCUCAAGGACUUUCCGAACCUCAGUUUGUCCAGUAUAAUGGAGGAUUCAGUCAGGACCAAUUGAACUGGUUCAAUGCAGUUCUUACUUUCUCCGAUACAAACCAAGAAAAGGUAGUGGUUGUGGGUCAUGUUCCUAUUCACCCAGACUCAUCUGACAGUGUUUGCCUUGCCUGGAAUUACAGAGAUGCUCUUUCAAUCAUUUGGUCUCAUAAAUGUGUGGUGUGUUUUCUUGCUGGUCACACUCAUGAUGGUGGGUACUGUAUAGAUGCUCAUGGUGUGCACCAUGUCACACUAGAAGGAGUUAUUGAAACAGCACCAGAGAGCCAGGCUUUUGGUACAGUGCAUGUUUAUCCUGAUAAAAUGGUGUUAAAAGGGAGAGGUAGAGUUCCAGAUAGGAUCAUGUAUUACAAGAAAGACUGAAAAGAGAAAUUCUGUUCCUUGUAAGGCUUUUCUUUUUUGUUUUAAGAAACAAAUUAUUUUGGAGGGGGUUAAUAAAUAACUUGGUUCCUAUUUGGAAUGUUUAAUAUAUGUAAUAAACUAUAUAUUUUUUCACAUUUUCAUGUUCAUUAUAUAUAUUUAGUUCUGUUUUGGAUAAAAAGGGUUUUGUGAUUAGAACAAUAAUCCUUAUCUCCCAAUUAAUUACCCUUUGUGGAACUAAUAACAAAAGCAACAAUAUAAAAGCAUUUACAUGGGACUUAAAGGUUUUCAAAGUGCUUUAUAAAUAUUCUGUCUUAUUUUAUCCUCACAACAAUCUUUGGAAGUAGAUCCUUGUAUUGUUCUAUGCUUUGAAAACUACUUAAUUUGGUCACUGGUAAAUAAAGUGGGGACUUAUUUCAUAGG